UAGCCAAUGCCGAGUAUGCAGUAAAGGGCCGUGCAUGAAUUAAUGACACAGGCGGGGUUAUUAAAAAUUCGCAAACAGAUGGGAGGCGCACCUGAUCAAGUGGGCUGGAGGCAACUGCAAUCGAGGGAGGGACUGGCUCACUCAAGAGGCGAUGCUUGAGGUGCCGUAGGUGUGGUUAAUGUGUGUUACUUCAUUUGAGCGGAGGAGAGGGGAUUGACAGCAGUUGUGUGGUUCAAAGUGAUUGGAAGCCGUAGUUGCACAUAGAAAUAAAUCCUGAAAAAAAAGUGUGUGGACUGGAAGGAGUGGGUUAAAAAAAAAAAAAAAAGUGCAAGAAUAUUUUUAACAGAAAGUUUUUAAAAAAGCUAAGAAAAAUCUGGAAAAAAGAGGACACAAAAUGGAAUGAUGCGCCGCUUCACAUGAAUGCUGUUAGGAAGGCAUUGACAUUGCCGGGUGCCCGGGACUGUGUGGUAUUUACACACCAUAACUCAAUGGAAAUAUGGAGAGACAGGCUGUUUUGCGGGUUAGUUUCGAUUAUAAAAAAAGCUUGUCAUUUAUUGAAUUAUUUUUUAAUUUUUUUUUGUACGUGGACAUGUGGGUGCGUGUUUGGGAUAAAUUGUAAACAGGGUAAUCUGCCACAGCGCUUGCGGUGAACGGACACAAGCGAAUGAAAAGCAAAAAAAGUGAUUGAGUAAAUGUGAAUAGUUAAAAAAAUGAACAAUUACUAAAACCAGUUUGUAUCCUAAACACUGAAAAAGCGGAGAUAAAAACAGAAGGACAACUUUUUUACGCAAGACUGAUCAUUCCUACAGGUACGCAGUUCUGUUUUAACUUUUUUGUUUCCGUAAUUAUGAACCUUUACACGGCAAGGCACCUGGAGUAAUAUUGCUGAGAAAAUCCAACUGUAUUCAGAAAAAUAAGCGCCACGGUGUUUUAAAUCACCGCUCCAAACUGCUGCAUGCAAGAAUCAGACUCUGUAAACUGCAAUUCCACGAACAGAAAGUCUGCCUGUUACUAUCAGCGACUUGUAUUCAUUUUUAACCAAAUCGACAGAUUAAUAUUUGGAUUGUAACUUUUUUUUAAUCAAGAAAGCCUACGGACAAGAGAAAGACUAAAAUAUCCUUAUCCAAGCGGAGAGUUUUUAUAUAUUUAAAAAAAAAACUGAAUUCAGGUGUCGACAGCUAUUUGAAUCAGGUGCGAUUUCUCAUUGGAACGAAAUGUUUUUCCCUUGAAAAAUGAAGUUAUAAGAGAGACUAAAGUCCAAAAGACGAAGGCGCGGGAGCUUACUUAAAUGAUAUUUUUAUUUAUUUAUUUAUUUUUUAAAUCUAUUAUCUUAAUAUCAAAUUGUAUUAUUAUUUAUUAAAAAAAAAGUGGAAAUGGCGCCUCAGAUGUUGAAGACGCAGCUUUUUCAAAUCCUGCCGUGGGUUGCUCUGCUGUUCCUGGUCGAGGUCCCGCAGUUUGCGUCUGGGGCCUCCAAGGAGCUGGUAUGCCAGGAAAUCGCGGUGCCCAUGUGCAAAGGCAUCGGAUACAACCUGACCUACAUGCCCAACCAGUUUAACCACGACACUCAGGACGAGGCUGGCCUCGAGGUGCACCAGUUCUGGCCCCUGGUUGAAAUCCAGUGCUCCCCUGACCUGCGCUUCUUCUUGUGCAGCAUGUACACCCCCAUCUGCCUGGUGGAUUACAAGAAGCCCCUGCCCCCCUGCAGGUCUGUGUGUGAGCGCGCCAAAACCGGCUGCUCCCCUCUCAUGAGGCAGUACGGCUUCGGCUGGCCUGAGAGGAUGAACUGUGAGAAGCUGCCGGUGUUGGGGGACCCGGAUAACCUCUGCAUGGACUACAACCGGACCGAGACCACCACCACCUCGCCGCUGUUUCAGAAGCCCACCCGUCCCCCAAAGGGACCCCCGAAAGGGCCUGGGCAGAAGGCUGCGGAUUGCGGGCGGCAGUGCCGCUGCAGGGAGCCCCUGGUUCAGAUCCACCGGGAGGCCCACCCCCUCUACAACAAGAUCAAGACUGGCGAGGUGCUCAACUGUGCCGUCCCUUGCUACGAGCCUUACUUCUCUCAGGACGAGCGCACAUUUGCCACCUUCUGGAUCGGCCUGUGGUCCAUCCUGUGCUUCAUCUCCACCUUCACCACCGUGGCCACUUUCUUGAUCGACAUGGAGCGGUUCAAGUACCCGGAGCGGCCCAUCAUCUUCCUGUCCACCUGCUACCUCUUCGUGUCCAUCGGAUACAUCAUCAGACUGAUCGCCGGGCACGCCAGCGUCGCCUGCAACAAAGACUACCAGCACGUCCACUACGACACCACCGGCCCCGCGCUCUGCACCGUCGUCUUUCUGCUGGUCUACUUCUUUGGCAUGGCUAGCUCCAUCUGGUGGGUCAUCCUGUCCUUCACCUGGUUCCUGGCAGCUGGCAUGAAGUGGGGGAAUGAGGCCAUCGCCAGCUACUCCCAGUAUUUCCACAUGGCGGCCUGGCUCGUCCCCAGCGUCAAGUCCAUCGCCGUCCUGGCUCUGAGCUCCGUGGACGGGGACCCUGUGGCUGGGAUCUGCUACGUGGGCAACCAGAACCUGGACAACCUGCGUGGGUUUGUGCUUGCCCCCCUGGUGGUGUACCUCUUCACUGGGACCAUGUUCCUGCUGGCAGGCUUUGUGUCUCUGUUCAGGAUCAGGAACGUGAUCAAGCAAGGGGGAACCAAGACGGACAAGCUGGAGAAGCUGAUGAUCCGCAUCGGCAUCUUCACCGUGCUCUACACUGUCCCGGCCACCGUCGUGGUGGCCUGUUACACCUACGAGCAGCACUACAGGGAGAGCUGGGGCAAGGCUCUCAACUGCGCCUGCCCAGGGAGUGAAGCCCAGUCUGGGCCUGACUAUGCAGUCUUCAUGCUCAAGUACUUCAUGUGUCUGGUGGUGGGCAUCACCUCCGGGGUGUGGAUUUGGUCCGCCAAGACCGUGGACUCGUGGAGGAGGUUCAGCAGCAGGUGCUGCCGAGGCAGGAAGCCCACCAGCGCCUCCAUGUACAGUGAGGCCAGCACGGCUGUGACUGCCAGGACCGGGGUGGCUAGCUCAGGCUCCUACCACAAGCAGGUGCCACUUUCUCAUGUUUAAAGCACAGCAGCGGGGAACCUGCAUGUGUGUGUGCGUGUGUGUGUAUAUGUAAAGGAAAGACUUAUUUUGAAUUUUUAAAAAAGGUAAAAAAAAAGUUUUUCAAUUUACGCCUCAAGGAUUUCAUUUCAUUUCACCUUAAAUGAAGCAUAAUUACUGUGUCAGGGGUAUUUUUCUUUAAUACUCACAGAUUUCAAAUGACAUAUUUAUCGUGGCACUUAAGAGCAGCUUGUGCACCCCUCCACUCUCACGAUUCUGUGUGUGGAGUCGAGACAUUAUUAUUAUUAUUAUUAUUAUUAUUAUUAUUAUUGUGGCACAUAGCUAAUCCUGGGAUUUACCGUUUGAAGCACUAGACAAUGGGGAUAAGCCAGGGUCUUAGCUUGGCAAAAAUUAAAAUACUAUGGUGCCUUUUUAUAUAACCUUCAACCAUAUAUCUUUUUAGCAAUAGAUUUAAAAGAACACCCUAUAUGUCAUUGCAGUUAACCAGCUUGUGAGAGAGACACUGAAUGAGAGACACUGACUGUGUUGUCGUGUAUUAAUCUUUUUUCUUUUUCUUUUUUUUAAUAACAUUUUCUAAAGUUAAUUUCAUGUCCUUCAAUAUGCUUCCCAUAUAUUUCCAUGUUCAUUUCAAAAGCUUUCCUUGGUUUUAAACAUAGCCAGGUGUAUUGUGUGCAGACCUCUUCUGAGAAUCUGGUUCAUAUGAAACCUUCGAAAUCAUUGUCCCUUUCUCUCUCUCUCUCUCUGUCUCUCUCUCUUGUGUCUCUCUUGUUAGACGGCAGGAUGCACAUACUUAACAUUCUGUGUUUUUUCCCUACAUGGUCGUCACACAAGGGCUAGACACUAGAGAGCCUGAGACCACAGUUGUGUUCCGCACUGUUAUUCCCAUUGUGUGUCUCAAGGGUAGGGCGCAUACAUGGGAACACCACACUGUAUGGUGUGAUGACGUCCACAUCGGUGGGUGACCUGUCCACUAACCCUGUCCCUGACCCUAACCCUGUCCACUGCUAAGAGUCCCUGUGUCUGUAGUUGCCUUGCAGCCCAGCCUGGCUGCUCACAUGUUAAUGGUCAUUUUGAGUGGCUGGAAUUAAGCAGCACUGCAAUGAAUCAAAUGAUCAGACGAAUUCUGCAUUUACAAAUAUGCACUGCUUGAGGAGAUCGCAAGACUGCACUUGAUGAUUUAUUUAAAAAUAAAAUGGGGGGUGGGGGGGUUACAUGUGCUACUAUAGCUAAUUAAUAUUGUGUGUUACACAGCUUUACCAGAAAGAAAGCAACACCUUGUAACUGCCAGGGCACCUGUUUGUUCUGCAGCAUGGGAAAUUGCAUUUAUCAAGUUACAUCAGUAAGUUUGCCUUGUUAAUAGGAAAAGUGUCUGUGAAACUAUAACCGGGCUGACCUGGAAACGCACAGGGGUAUGAGUGUGUUAUUUAAACAGCUUUAAAAAUAAUAAUGAUACUCAUUUAAAGAAUAAUUUCACUUGUGUGCAAUGCGAUUUGUUUAAAAGAUGAUCGUGUUGACCUGUACUGCAAAAAGGAAGAACCUGUUCUGAUGUACGCAGCGUGGUUAAGUUUUUAGAAGUUCAUUGUUUUAUUCGUUAGCAGAGUGGGUGUAUUGCAAAAGACAAUAGCUUUUAAUGGAUUGAACAUAUUCCUGGCUGGAGUGCUUGUAGCAGGCGAACUGCUCUCCAGGAUGGUGUCAGAUUAAACUGUGCUUUACUGGUUUGUGGUCCCAAGAUGGUAACUAAAACCAAUUGGCUUAUGUAUCGGGGAUGUGCAAAACCAUGUAUUGUGUGGCUUAAUUAUCAUCCCCUUUAAUGUGUGUUACUGAACGCAAUGUAUUCUCUUGUAAGUGCACUGUGCCUCCCAGUGGCCAAAUGCCAGAAUUGCAGUUUUUAACAUUUGUGGGCACUCCCAGUGCUUGUUGUGGUUAACGACUGGGUCCUGUCUUGGGUGCAGUGGUUUAUUUUGUUAUUAUCAUGUCAAACCUCCUCUGUCCUGGCAGUGUGAUUGCAGUAGGCAUGCUGCAUUGUUCUGGUAAGGCUGGGUACACAAUGGCUGAAAUUGCACCAUGUUGUUGUUGUUUGUUGUUUGUUGUUGUGUUAUGUUUUGUAAUAACUCUGUGAAUAUAUUGCUGAACACAUACGGCUCUCUUGAAAGUCUCAUUUAUAAUUUGAAGUUCUAGACUGAGACAGCAAAUUAGCAAGCUGUAGCGCAAUGAGUCUUAUUAUUUCUUCAAAUGUUGUAACUUGAAUCUUCUGAAACACUGAUGUUUUUGGGUCAUGUGCUCAUGACAGUUUUGAAACGUGUAUGUAUUUUACCUUUACGAAGAGUCAGAGUCUGAGAUUUAGAUAUUUAUGAUAAAGUGGUUAUUUUUUGUUCCUGUGAUUAUUGUAGAGAAUAAACUGUUUAACAGUCUCUGUGU